CGAGCGACCAGCCGCCAAUAGCGUCGGCUCUGUCAUUCCCGGGCGAUUGCUGCUCAGCUGCCGCUGCUGCUGCUGCUGCUCAGCUCAGCUGCCGCCGUUCGCUCUUCCUCUCCUCCGCCACCGUCAACAUAUGGGAGGCGAAGAGGCGCUCAAUGAAACUCGGUCUAGAAAGUGCGUCUCACACGGUGUUAUUUCGAUGUGUCCCUUAGCCAUAUCGGAGAUAUAAGCGUAGCCGAAGCUCCGGCGCCUUCGGAAUGACCAGCUGCUGCGGAAAGGCGAGAAAAAGCAGCUGCUGCUGAGGAGCGAUGAAGAAAACGGACGAAACUCAACAGGUUAUGAUGGAUGGCGAGAAGGAGAAGGCCGGGUGGCUAUGGCAGGCUGUGCAGUACAUGCUGUGCUGGAGGGAGGGGCAUUCGUGCUGCUGUUGCUGCUGCUGUUGCUGCUGUGCCGAGGACGACUCCAACACCACGCGCAAGGCCGACAUUCAGUACGUUUUACAGCACACAGACCUGAGCGACAGCGAAUCGAUCUCGACGACCUCCCUUCUUCGCCACCAGUCCAACUCCUCCUCCCCCUCUUCCUCUGUCUCCUCCGUGAAGGAUCUCAAGUCGGAUAUCUACCACCAGAUCGAACUCCGGAGGUCGAACUCGGUAUCAUCACGACAGCUCCCGGUGAUCGACGUCCGCCCCAUCGAGUUCUGGUCCGGGGUGCGGGGCGAGGGCGUGCAGCCGCGCCUGCCGGGACCACCCAGAUCUCCCGUCACCCCAAGGUCCACAAGGUGGUCCUCCAAAGCCAUCGACUACGAGGCCUUGACCAAGAUACGGCCGCAUCUCUACACGUCUACGUCAUCGUCCUUGGAAGAGAAUUCGGACGAUGAUCUGCUCGGACGAAUCCACUUCUCUCUCCAUUACGACGCCGUGGCGAUGAUCCUUCUGGUUAAGGUAUUGGAGGCUGCUGACCUACCCCGCCCGGCUUGCAAAGAUCGUAGUGACAUGUCCCAUUCGAAUCCAUAUGUCAAGGUUUCCCUUCUACCCGACAACAAGAAUUCUCGGCAGACAACUGUCAAGAGAAAGACCCAAGACCCAGUUUUUGAGGAAACUUUCUCCUUUGAAAUCCCAUAUAAGGAAGUGGUCCGUCGAACGCUCGAGCUGAAAGUGAAAGAUUUCGACAAGUAUUCCCGGCACUGCAUCGUGGGUCAUGUUCUCCUGCCUUUACAAAACGUUAACUUGGCGAGACCUUCGCGGAUGUGGAGACCACUCGCUCAGUGCAGCAUGGAGGUGGAGGAGUAUGGAGAACUGCUUCUGUCCCUCAACUACUUACCAACUGCAGGACGCCUCAAUGUCGACGUCAUCAAGGCAAAGCAGCUGCUUCAGACCAGUCUUGCGCGUGGAGCAGAUCCCUAUGUCCGUGUUUCUCUUGUGGUGCGAGGGAGACACUUGAAGUCAAAGAAGACUGCAGUGAGAAAGAACACCCUCUCUCCUUCCUUCAACGAGUCGUUCAGCUUCCAGGUGGCUGGGCCAGAACUUAGGGAGGCUUCUCUCGUAGUCACGGCCUGGGACUGGAAUGGUGGAGUCAUCAGAGAUGAAUUCAUUGGCAGGGUCGUUUUAGGGAAGCAGCCGUCUGGUCCUCACGAAAUCACCCACUGGAAUAACAUGAUGGGGUCCCAAAGACACGCUGUGGCACAGUGGCACUCACUACAUUCUCGCACCCAUUGUGAUCAGGUAUCGUCAGCAUCGCGUGCAGUUCCUUGAAUGGCGUCUUAGGCCGAAGUUCAAAAAAGGUGUUUUCGUGUUUGUCCCUCUUUCACUUGGAAUUUGAACGGGGUUUUUACUUCCCGGGCAAAGUCGAUAAGUUUAGGGUACUUCCUGAAGGACGACGCAUGCUAGAGGAAUUGAAAAAGUCACUCACUUUUACUUAACGCUUCCUAUAAGUACGGUAUCCCGCUCAGUGGGACACACUUACUCUGUAAGUAAAUGAAGACUGUGUCUAGGCGUCUAUAGGCCGAUAAAGACUUAACUAUACAAGGCCACUUCAAACACUCUGAUAACCUUUGACCUCUCCAUUCACUCUUUUUAGCAUCAAGUCUAUAUAUCUGUUAUAGGAAACCUAACUUUCAUCUGGUGAAAGAUCCUUUCCAACCUUUCCAGAAGACUUUUCCAGCCUUGCUGGAAAAUGAGACAGAAGAAAUCAUGACUUGAACCACCGGGGGAAGAUGAAUUUUAUAAGUAUGUAAUCCUGAUCUACCUAAUGUAUUCUUAUACACUUGAAUGUUAUCGCUAUGAUUACUUAAAAAAAAAAAGGUGUCGUGAUUUCUGAGGCAGAUGUGGCUUUGUGUUAUAUUGCACAAUAGACAUGCAUAUUGUUACUUAUUGUUUAAAGAUAUUAUUCUGUGUAUGGAGUAAAUAUUUACCGAUUAAUUAAAACACACAAACACACAUAUAUACAUACAUAUAUACAUACAUACAUACAUGAGCAUAUACAUAGGCCUACAUCUAUAAAUAUAAUCAUAUAAUAUAUUAGAUAAAGAUCUAUUAGUUAAUAUUAGGACGAUAUACUUAUAUAAGAGCAUCAAACACAGCAGUGCCUAAAUGUAGAUUUAGCUUUAUCAUA